AUGGAGGAGAGUAAACAUGUCACACAACUGUCUACAAGCAUCAGAGCUCUACUACUCAACUCAGUGUAUAGAGAUCGGCCCAAGCAGGAGAAGGACUGGAUAAAAGUCAUGAAGAGAUGUAACCAUCCAGCAAAUGUUGGCGAGUGCAGACGCACAAGUGUAAUAUUCACCAGGGAGAGUGUGAGCGUGUGGAGAGAAGUGGAGUAUAGAGGAGAAAAGAGGCACGCUGUCUCUCUCCUUCACCCAGCUGCAUUUUCUGCAGCAUCCCUCUACUUCAUCAUGGAUCUCUGGAGUAAAAAAGUCUGCCGGAUUAUUACACAGGUCGUCCUGAUACUUUUGUACUCAAUUGGGGCAACAGGAACAGAGGUUUGUCACAGUCCGCUGGUACACAAUCUCCUGCCAUCGUCCUUCAGAAGCUCCUCACAGUUGUCGAGCAGCCACGGGCCGGGCUUCGCUAAGCUAAACCGCAGAGAAGGAGCUGGGGGAUGGUCUCCUCUGACUUCAGACAGGUAUCAGUGGUUGGAGGUCGACCUCGGUGAACGGACACGAAUCACUGCAGUUGCUACGCAAGGUCGGUAUGGGAGCUCUGAUUGGCUAACGGCUUACCUGCUCAUGUUCAGUGACACAGGACACAACUGGAAACAGUAUCGACAGGAGGACAGCAUAGGGGCAUUUCCAGGUAACACUAAUGCAGACAGUGUUGUCCAGCACAAGCUCCAGCACCAAGUGAUCGCCCGCUUUGUCCGCUUGAUCCCUCUUGACUGGAACCCCAACGGUCGGAUUGGACUCAGACUGGAGACCUAUGGAUGCACUUACAACUCUGAAGUGGUGAGCUUCAAUGGCCGCAGCAGCCUUCUCUUCAGGUUGACUCCCCGACCAAGUCAUAUGAAGAGAGAGAGCAUCUCUGUGACAUUUAAAACCCUCAAGAACUCGGGGAUACUUCUACAUACAGAGGGACAGAGCGAGAACAGCCUCACGCUCGAGUUAGAGAAAGGAAAGCUCCUGCUGCACCUUCGAAAAGGCACUACCUCUCCAGACAGCCACCAUCUCGUGUCUGUGGGCAGCCUGUUAGACGACCAACACUGGCACCACAUAGCAGUGGAGCACCACAGCUCUCACCUUAACCUCACUGUGGACAAAAGCACACUGUGGGUGCAGAUCCCUCAAAGAUUCGCCCACUGGGACCAUGUCCAGAUAAGUGUGGGAGCAGAGCAAAAUCUCGGCUCUCGGAGGUCGGUUGGAUCACACAGUAACUUUCAUGGCUGUUUGGAAAAUCUUGUUUAUAACGGUGUGAAUUUGAUUGAGCUCACCAAACAGAAAGACCAGCGGGUCAUUGUGAAGGGUAUUGUGACCUUUUUCUGCACUGAACCUGUUUCAGUGGCCAUGACAUUCACCAGCCCCCAGAGUUUCCUCUGGUUGCCAUGGGUGACAGAAUCAUCAUCAGCAGGUGUGUCAGUAAAGCUUCAGUUCAGGACGUGGAACAAAGCCGGGCUCUUGCUGACCUUUGACCUCACAAAGCAAGGGGGUUCAGUGUGGUUGUACCUGAGCAAGGCCAGUCUCCAUCUACAGAUCCACAAGGCUGGCAGGGCGCCACUGGAGCUCGAUGUAGGUUCAUCUCUGAGUGACGGUCAGUGGCACUCUGUGGAGCUGAUCUCAAGACGAGGACAUCUGAUUCUCACCAUGGAUGGAGAUGAAGGUGCCUCUGCUCAUGCCACUCCAACAUUUCUGAUCACUACAGGAAGUCCGCUUUUCUUUGGUGGUUGUCCUGCUGAAGGGAGUAGCCAGCAAUGUGUGAAUCCCUAUAAGACUUUCCAGGGAUGCAUGCGUCUACUCACUGUCGACAACAAACCUGUGGACUUGAUCAUGGUGCAGCAAAGGCUGAUGGGAAACUACAGUCACCUGCAGAUUGACAUGUGUGGCAUCAUUGACAGGUGUUCUCCGAGUCACUGUGAACACGGCGGCAGCUGCAGUCAAUCUUGGAGCACCUUCCACUGUAACUGCUCUGGCACCGGCUACAGCGGAGCGACCUGUCACAGCUCAAUACAUGAGCAGUCCUGUGAGGCAUACAAGCACAAAGGCAACUUGUCAGGGUAUUAUUACAUUGAUGUGGACGGCAGUGGACCGAUCAGACCACAUUUGAUAUUCUGCAACAUGACAGAGGACAAAACUUGGAUUGAGAUUCAGCACAAUAACCCAGAGCUGACUAGAGUCCAACCUACACUGGGUAAGAACCAGUACUCAGCUCACUUUGAAUACACAUCUGGAGAGGAGCAGCUGAUGGCCUUGAUUAGCCAAUCAGAGUACUGCGAACAGGAACUGACUUAUCACUGCAGGAGGUCACGCCUCAACACACCAGAUGGGUCUCCUCUCAGCUGGUGGGUAGGUGGUUCAGGUGCAGGCCAAGUGCAGACUUUUUGGGGUGGGGCUUCACCAGACAGCCAGCCGUGUGCCUGUGGUCUGCAGGGAAACUGUGUGAACCCUAAACACCACUGCAUCUGUGAUGCUGACAGUCCUGAAUGGGCUAAUGACUCAGGCCUGCUGACCCGUAAGGAGACCCUCCCUGUCAGAUCUCUGGUCCUGGGAGAUGUCCAGAGACCCGGCUCCGAGAGUGUCUACAGGUUGGGGCAUCUGCGUUGCCAUGGAGACAAGAAUGUCUGGAAUGCAGCUUUUUUUGACAAAGAGACAUCAUACCUCCACUUUCCCACAUUUCACGGAGAGCUGAGCGCGGACAUCUCCUUCCUCUUUAAAACCACCUCCUCCUCUGGCGUCUUUCUGGAAAAUUUAGGCAUCAAAGACUUCAUUCGGAUUGAGCUGAGCUCCUCCACAGAGGUGCUCUUCUCCUUCGAUGUGGGUAACGGCCCACUGGAGGUUCGUGUGAUGGCUGGCUUCCCUCUGGACGACAACAGGUGGCAUCACAUCCGAGCCGAGCGUAACGUUAAAGAGUCGUCGCUACGACUGGACGAGCUCCCAGCUGCCACACAGGAGGCACCUGCUGAUGGGCACAUCCACCUGCAGCUGAAUAGCCAGUUAUUUAUAGGUGGCACAGCGUCCAGGCAGAAGGGCUUUCGGGGCUGUAUUCGCUCUCUGCAGAUGAAUGGUGUUACUCUGGACCUGGAGGAGAGGGCAAAGAUCACCCCUGGGGUUCAGGCAGGAUGUCCAGGUCACUGCAGCAGCUAUGGCUCACUCUGCCAGAACUGGGGUCGCUGUGUGGAGAGACCCAACAGCUUUUCCUGCGACUGUGGCCCAUCUGCUUUUAUUGGAACCUUCUGUGAGAGAGAGGUCUCAGCCAGCUUCAAGUCAGGAACAUCUGUCAGCUACAUCUUCAAGGAGCAGGUGCUGAAUGAUCCGAACAGAAGCAGCAGCAGCAGCACGCUGCCCUCCUCCAUCUACUCUGACACGAUCCUGAGAGCAGAAAACAUCUCCCUGAGUUUCAGGACCAGCCAGAGUCCUGCUCUGCUCCUCUACGUCGGCUCUUUUCAGAGAGAGUACCUGGUUCUGCUGUUGAACAAGAAUGAUAGGAUGGAGGUCAGAUACCGGCUGGACAGCAGCAAAGAUGCAGAGAUCCUAAGGAGCAAAGUGAGAAACCUUGCUAACGGACAGCUACACAAUGUUAGCAUCAGCAGACUUUCAGACGCCGUCUCUGUACAGAUUGACGGGAACUCCAGAGAGGACUUCAACCUUUCAUCUGAUGUAGAAUUCAAUGCUGUCAGGUCACUUGUGCUCGGCAGAGUGCAAGAUUCGGCUGAUUUGGACCCAGAGUUGUCUCGGCUUGCCUCUCUUGGCUACACUGGCUGUCUGUCGUCCGUCCUCUUCAACUCCAUCAGCCCUCUGAAAGCUGCUCUGCUCCACCCAGACACCAGCCCUGUAACUGUAACCGGCCCGCUGGCUCAGUCCAUGUGUGGUUCCUCUUCAGUCCAUUCCUACACAGCUGAAACCACAUACCACGUGUCAGAUCAGUCUGGAUCAGUGGGAAGCGGUCAGCCUUUAGUGAAUGCCAUCAGAAAUGACUCAGCCAUGAUCGGAGGUGUGAUUGCAGUGGUGAUUUCUGUGACCGUAUCUGUACUGGCUGUAAUGGCUAGAGUCGCCUACAGGAGGAAAGGCACCUGUCAUAACCAGGAAGUGAAAACUGUAAAACCCGAGGACGGGCCAGAGCUAGCAUUCAGCAGUCAGACCAGCACACAGGGAGGUGUGAGUGAGAACCAGAAAGAAUAUUUCAUUUAA